AAAACUUCCAGUUCUACCUCGUACACUUAGUGUAAUAUUUGUAAACUUUUGGAGUGUCUGCUGUGCAAACGAUUAAGUGCUACAAUUCCCCUAAUAUUAUCUUCGCCACUUAUGGUCACUGUAAUUCUUGCAUUUAAUAGGAUAUUAAUGUUUUGGUAACACUCAAGUAUGGAUGAGGACAUAGGCUUAAGGUCACACCGUCGUGAUCGGAAGGAAAGGAAAGAAAAGGACAGACGUGAUCGCGACAGGGACAGGGAUAGGGAUCGUGACAGGGACCGCAGUGACCGUGAUAAAGAUCGAGACUCCCACAGAGAUCGGGGCAGUGAGAGAGACCGAGAUAGAGACAGAAACAGGGACAGGGAAAAAAAUCGUGACAGGGACAGAGAUAGGGAAAGAGAACGUCCAGAGAAGCGAAAAAGAUCACCAGAUGCAAAGACUAAGGAGGAAAUUUUAAAAGCGGAAGAAGAAGCAGAGGCCAAAAAAGAAGAGGAAAAGAAAGUGAAAAAAGAACCUUUAUCACUGGAGGAAAUGGUGGCUAGAAAGAGAGCUGAAGAGGAGGCUCUUAGCCGACCAAAAUUCCUGUCAAAGGCAGAGAGAGCUGCUGAGGCACUUAAGAGACGCCAAGAAGAGGUAGAAGAGGUGCGUAAGAGACAAGAAGAAGAAAGAAAAGCUCGGGAAGUUAUGUAUCAAGAUGGUCGCAGAGAGCUAGAGCAGGCGUUGCGACAAGAGGACCCUCGAGAACGAGAUCGUCUUCGGCGUGACCGUGAGCCCAGGGAAAACAAAGAAGACAUAGAAUUAGAAAAGAAAAAGCAGUUAGAACGAGAUGCUGUCAAUGAAAGGUACUUGGGCAUUGUUAAAAAGAAGAAAAAAGUACGAAGAUUAAAUGAUCGAAAAUUUGUUUUUGAUUGGGAUGCAGGUGAAGACACUUCUGUUGAUUAUAAUGAAUUGUAUAUAAACAAACAUCUUGUACACUUUUUUGGGAGAGGUAAAUUUGGAGGGCUUGAUUUGAAGGAGCAAAAAAAGAUGCAGGCAAAGUUUUAUGGGAAUUACAUUGAGCAUCGACAGACACAGGCAGACAAAGAACAGGAGGUCAUACGUAUGAAGAAGGAACAAAAGAAAGAAGACAAGAAGAGGUGGGAUGAUCGCCAUUGGAGUGAGAAGUCUGCUGAGCAGAUGACUGAACGUGAUUGGAGAAUCUUUAGAGAAGAUUACAACAUAGCAAUUAAAGGAGGGCGAAUUCCUAAUCCCAUAAGAAAAUGGUCCGAAUCUAACAUCAAGAAGGACAUUUUAGACAUCAUUUCAAGUGUUGGAUAUCAAGACCCAACACCAAUUCAGAGACAGGCAAUUCCCAUUGGACUGCAAAAUAGAGAUAUAAUUGGUGUUGCUGAAACUGGUUCAGGUAAGACAUUAGCAUUUCUUAUCCCUCUUUUGGAAUGGAUCCAGUCACUUCCUAAAAUUGCAAGGCUGGAGGAUGCAGAUCAGGGACCUUACGCAUUGGUUAUGGCACCAACACGUGAACUUGCUCAGCAGAUUGAAGAGGAGACGUCUAAAUUUGGUGGUCCUCUUGGUAUUAGAACAGUAGCUGUAAUUGGUGGUUUAUCAAGGGAAGAACAGGGUAUGAAGUUGAGAAUGGGUUGUGAGAUUGUUAUUGCAACUCCUGGUCGUCUCGUAGAUGUCUUAGAAAAUAGGUACUUGGUACUGAAUCAGUGCACAUAUGUUGUCUUUGAUGAGGCUGAUAAAAUGAUUGACAUGGGUUUUGAGCCAGAUGUACAGAAGAUUCUUAAAUUUAUGCCAGUAACCAAUGAAAAGCCCGACACUGAUGAUGCUGAGGAUGAAGAUAAACUUUUGCAGAAUUUCUUGUCAAAACAUAAGUUUAGACAGACUGUCAUGUUUACAGCCACUAUGCCUCCCUCAGUUGAGAGAAUGGCUCGGCAGUAUUUACGUCGCCCAGCAUAUGUGUAUAUCGGAUCUGUAGGUAAGCCUGUUGAGAGAACUGAACAGAUUGUGUAUAUGGUGAGCGAACAGGAGAAGAGAAAGAAAUUACUGGACAUACUGAAGCAUGGAAUCACUCCUCCAGUUCUUAUAUUUGUCAAUCAGAAGAAAGGUGCAGAUGUUUUGGCACGUGGUUUAGAAAAACUGGGUCACAAUGCCACCACUCUUCAUGGUGGCAAAGGCCAAGAACAGCGAGAACAUGCCCUGGCAAACCUCAAGUCAGGUGCUAAAGAUAUUCUGGUAGCUACAGAUGUGGCUGGUCGUGGUAUUGACAUUAAAGAUGUAUCGCUGGUCAUCAACUAUGACAUGGCCAAGAACAUUGAAGACUACACUCACAGAAUUGGUCGAACUGGCCGUGCAGGCAAGACGGGUAAGGCCAUAUCCUUCCUAACCAAGGAAGAUUCACAUUUGUUCUAUGAGCUUAAACAACUUAUGUUAUCCUCUCCAGUGUCUACAUGCCCACCUGAACUUGCUAAUCAUCCUGAUGCUCAGCAUAAACCAGGAACUGUGAUGACAAAGAAGCGUAGGGAAGAGAAAAUAUUUGCUUAAUAUUUAGUAUGUGAGUUUUGAUUGUAAAGAAGAAAUUUUAUAAAAAAUUUAAAAAGGAAAACCAGAAUUUUUUUAAAUGCCUUAAAUAAAGCUGAAUAUCCUA